AUGUUAAGAAAAUCUCUCAUUUUCACCUUAAUCUUCAUGUUUUGCCGAACAGCUGUCAGCUACUCACUUAUCGAAGAAGACAAAGAACUCUUAGAUGACAACUUUUACCUCAAAUACCUCUUCUGGGCCGCUUGCAUCGUCUUCACAGGAGUCUCGCGUCACCUCAUCAGGUCGUACGAUAUCGGCAUAUCUUACAGCAUUGUAUGCAUCUUCGUGGGCAUCCUCUGGGGAGUAGCUGCCUUAUAUAACCCGUGGGUGUACAAGAUAACAAAAGUGGCUCAAUCGAACACAAUUGUGUUCAGUUUAGGAAGACUGUACGUUCCGACCAUUAUUUUUACUACUGCGUUUUCUAUAGAUACAUACAUUUUCUACAAGUGUUUGGCACAGAUUCUUAUCAUCUCCGGACCAGCUGCUCUACUUUGUGUGUUACUAACAUCUGCAAUGGCUGAACUAAUCCAAGACAAACUUACUUUCGUUCAAUGUUUGAUGUUUGGGGUCAUCUCGAUAAGUAUUUAUCCCAUGGAUGUGUUGGGAUACCUUAAAGAGUCCAACGUUCACGCCAAGUAUAUUAUUUCCUUGUUGCACGGAGAAACGUUAAUUGCAACGGUCCUGAGUUCUCAUCUUUACUAUUGUUUGUUUCGAUUUGAGGAGGGGUGGAUAGCGAAGUGGUACCAGUUCGUGAUGAGUUUUGCAAGGUUCACUUUAGGCUUCCCGUUGGGCUACAUCUUGGGCAAAUUAGGCAUCCACCUCAUGAAAUUCUCCUUCAACAGUACUCCCCAGCUUAUGCUUCUCACCACAGCCGCUUGCUACGCAGGCUAUUUCUUUAGUCGCUGGAUCGCAACCGCCGAAAUUCUCACCACCGUGGUUAUCGGCGUUAUGAUGGCAUCCGAGAGGCACGCGCUGCCAGAAGAAACCCAACAAGCUCUUCAGAGCCAGUGGAAAUUGUUAAGCUGCGCUUUUAACGGCAUCAUCUUCAUAACGCUGGGAGCACGCGCGCCGUCCUUGUUCAAGGAUAAUAUGUACUUCAAACAUUACAUCCUCAUCUUCGUGACCUACUUGGUAGCGAAUAUUUCGCGAUUCCUUAGUUUAGUUGUCUUUCUGCCGAUUUUGAAGAGGUUGGGCUAUGAGCUUACGUUCCAGCACAUUAUCAUUUGUGCGUGGUGCGGCCUGAAGAACCCGCUUACCUUGGUUGCCGCUAGUGAUCUUGCCGGUUACAUCCCGAAUAAGACUGAGCAAACUACGUGGAUCUUUUUGCAUAUUCUGGGACUGUACGUGCUUAUGUUACUAAUCAAUGGGACCUUCUUGCCAGUCCUACUACGGACACUAGGUUUUGCCGAGAUUUCCACGACAAGGCAGGUCAACAUGAAUAACUGCCUCAAAUACAUUUACGAGUCGAGAACUAGGAUGAUCACCAUACUGAAGAUGGACAGGUUUCUUUCUGACGCCAACUGGCCUUUGGUUGUGAGUACCACCAUACUCAAGCAUCCCUAUAAGAAAACGAACGUGACAGACGACCAAAAUAUGGACGAAAACGAGGAAGAAGCAGAUAUGUUUCUGGGUUAUAGAUUCACAUAUUGUCCGGACUGCCAAAAGCACAUACCGAACGAACCGUCGCCUAAGGAAUUCAGAGAAAUGACAAAAGAAGCCAGAAGGAGAGUCCUCAAACUAAAAAAAACCAUAUAUUCCAGACAGUACGAAAACGCAUUGUUAACUAGAGACGGCGUUCGAACCCUCCACCAAGCUGUCGAAAUUGCCUUAGACACGGAAGAAGCGAAAAUUGAAGUGGAGGGUCUUUUAAAGAUGUUCGAUAGAGAGAACAACGUGUGCAAAUAUCUUCGAAAUCAUUUACAAACAAUUCUCCAAACAAAAACAGACGCCCAUGUGCCUCCACGAAACAAAUUUUAUUUAUUCUGUUAUCGCAUGGUCAACCAUAUGCUUUACCUACUUUUCGUGGCUUGCACUGUUAGCUUCAACAUAGCUCUAUUGACAGUAGAUUCGGUACCUAAUUUAAUGGACAUAAUGGGUCAACUGGAAGUUGCUUGUCAUUUCCUCGCUUUUUUUUUGUAUUUUUUGGACUUUUGGAUGAGAUUGUUCAGUGUUUCGCACACUUCGGUUUGGAAAGUUGGAUUUCCGUCUUUCUUUAAAUCAUUUUGGAGCAUUCUGGUGUUCGUAUUAAUGCUACUUAAUCUACUCUUAAACAUAUUCAUGGUAACGUUGAUCGAAACGGUAGGCACCCAAACAUUACACUACAUCCUGGAGAUUGUGACAGUCGUGGUGGCUUCAUUUCGAGUCUUAGAAAUAUUUGCUCGAAUAAAAUAUUUCUCAUGGUUCCUCAAAAUCCCCACGAUAGGCCUAAAGCAUGCAGACAUGCGAGUGAAUGCACACAGGGCUUUCGCAUACGAGUUAGGCAAAAAUUAUAUCUCUGGAGAAGAAGAAAUCCUCGAAAAUCUCCACCGGAUAGUCGACAACGAAAAGAUCAGAAUGGAUCUAAAAAAUACAGCGGAGGAAGAACGACACACGCUCAGUCGGAAACUGGCGUUGGCGCAGAAAACAAGGCCCGUGGUGGCGAGUACCGUGAAGACGAAAGCAGCAACCAGGGCGGUUCUCAACAGCAUGAAGGACGACAUACACGAAUUGAAGGUUUCAGGAUGGGUCGAUGACAAUGAGUAUAACAAACUCCUGAAGUCUAUAGCCGAAAGGUACAAAUACGUCAGUACGAUGAACUUCAUCGAGUCGUCAGCACCUAAACUAAUCUUUCAAGAAGUACCGUACAUGGCCAACGACAACGUUCUCAUCAAUUUUCUGUGGUCGAAUAUAGCUACGAGGAAGUACGAUCCGGGAGACAUAGUCAUAGAUGAAGGAGAAGAAGCCAAUGGGAUUUAUAUUCUCGUCACAGGGCUGCUGCUUGUGCAAUACAUUCCCAACGAAACCGUCCUAAAUCUUCUCAAAGAAACAGGAUCUCUGCCCGUCAUCGACUACCUUUGCAUCAGCUCGAUGGAACAAUCGAAUUACGAGUACUUCAUCCCCGGCAAUACCAUAGGCGAAUUGUCGACUCUGACUAAACGAUCGUACGAUGGUAGGAUUACCGCCGACACACACAGCGAGGCCUUUUUUCUGAGCGCGGAUACCAUCAAGCGGGCCAUCCAGAUGGAUCCGGACCCUGUCAACGGUCUCGAAUGCCGUAUAUGGAAGUCGAUUGGCUUUAAAAUGGCAAUCGAACUGAUGAUGAGGGUUCCAGCUUAUCGCACGUUAACUCACGACAAGAUUCAGUAUUUUGUAGAGCGCGCUUUCGUACCGAAUUUGUCGAACUAUAAGAUUUUCGUCGUUAACGAGAUGAUGCACGACAUCAUUUUGCUAGAGGGAUUUGUUAUUGAUUAUAACACGAGAGAUAUAUAUAAGGCACCGUGCUAUAUACCCAGAUUUUGUUGCCGCUCCAGAGCUGUACAAAAGUUGGUUCUCCCUAAGAGCAGCCUCGUCACCGUGCAAACAACCCUUGAAACCAAGCUGAUGAUUGUUCCAGCUAAAGAUUACAACGAAUACGACAUAAUGUUUAGCGUAGAAGAAGUGGCCACGCUGGUGGAUACAACUAACACCAAGUGUCUUCAUCACUUAAUUAAAGACAAACUCCUACUAACCUCUGGAGAUUCACGACACAAGUCGCUGAAAAUGGCUGUCGCAAACGAGUUGAAAAAAUCGAAAACUAAAUCGACGGAGUCCGUCAAAAGCAAGAUAACAUUUGUAUCUUCGGGAACGUUGAAAGAUUCCAAGAAUGUUUUCGACACUUUAUAAAUUUAGCUAAUUUUGCCUGUUUUUUUUUCAAGUUUUAAUAGUAAUUAAAGAUUUUUACGUUA